UGCUUUUCACCACUGUGAUCUCACCAUGUUGACCCACCGUGAGCUGGUAAUACUGAUUCUUGCACUGACUCUUGACUGUUAUGUUCGUACAGGGGAAAUCGUUGGAGGUAAAGAGGUUAAGCCACAUAGCAAACCAUACAUGGUGCUUUUGGAGCAACACAUGGAGGAUGGAAGAGCAAAAAACUGCGAUGGCUUCCUUCUGAAUGAGGAUUUCGUGAUGACUGCAGCCCACUGCAAAGCCUGGUCCUCCUUUGCCUUACUCGGAGUUCACAAUGCUCGUAACAUUAGUGGCACACAACGUAUCUCUGUGAAAACACCAUUUCCACAUGAAGACUACAGGGAAGAGGAUUAUGAAAAUGACAUAAUGCUUCUUAAGUUGAGCUCCAAGGCAAAUCUCACUGAAAAUGUGAGACCCAUCACUCUCGCAAGCAAAGCUGAUGGCUCGCCAAAAAUGUGCUCGGUCUUCGGCUGGGGUAGGAAGGACAGGAAUGUUAAAAAUCGGUCUCCCAUACUCAACGGAGUCAAUGUAACACUAGCUGACAAUGAGAAGUGUGAUAUUGACAAAACAUACUGCUCUGUGGAAGUGGUUGGACCAGCUCAGGGAGACUCUGGUGGUCCACUGGUUUGUGAAGAUGGGAAGGCACACGGGGUGGUGUCCUCAAACACACUUCUAUCAGCUGAGCAGGAAAUAUAUAUUCAUAGGUAUACUAAGAUUUCUGCUUACACAAGCUGGAUUGAUCAAAUUAUGGAGCAACAGGGAAAGUCCUACAUGUAACAAAAGAUUGAUCAAAUCACAGCAUUUGAAUUACUGUUGGAAUUACAUGGCUGAGCUCGUAAUUGAGAUGUUAAUAGUGUGACUGAUUACACAAUGAGUGUCAGAUCAAAGUCUGGAUUUGCUUGUUUUACACAGAUGUAAUGAAAUGUGCUUCAUUUUGAUGUUUCCACAUAAAACAUAUCACAUUUUAGGCAAACUGAGUCAGCAAAUGAAUUUCAAUCUGUGUUUUUCAUGGAAAUGUUAUGGCUUUUAUAGUACAGCUUUGUUUUGUUUUGUUUUUUGCUGCAAGGAGCUACAAAUUUAUUUAAAACAAAUAAAUGGUGCUUUCUCACCAUGUUCUGACA